UCGGACUGGCUGGAAGGGGCGGCUGCUUGGACAGGAUGGCGGCGGCGGCGGCGGCGGCGGCCGGGGCAGCGGGCGCGGGGGGCCCGGGGACGACGGGCGGCAGUGGCGGGGCGCGCGAAGGCGCGCGGGUGGCGGCCCUGUGUCUGCUGUGGUACGCGCUCAGCGCGGGCGGCAACGUGGUCAACAAGGUGAUCCUGAGCGCCUUCCCGUUCCCCGUGACCGUGUCGCUGUGCCACAUCCUGGCGCUGUGCGCGGGGCUCCCGCCGCUGCUGCGCGCCUGGCGCGUGCCCCCCGCGCCUCCCGUCUCGGGCCCGGGGCCCGGCUCGCACCCGUCGCCCGGCCCACUGCUCCCGCCGCGCUUCUACCCGCGCUACGUGCUGCCGCUAGCCUUCGGCAAGUACUUCGCGUCCGUGUCGGCGCACAUCAGCAUCUGGAAGGUGCCCGUGUCCUACGCGCACACCGUCAAGGCCACUAUGCCCAUCUGGGUGGUCCUGCUGUCCCGGGUCAUCAUGAAGGAGAAGCAGAGCACCAAGGUGUACUUGUCCCUCAUCCCCAUCAUUGGCGGCGUCCUGCUGGCCACCGUCACUGAGCUGUCGUUCGACGUAUGGGGGCUUGUCAGUGCCCUUGCUGCCACGCUGUGCUUCUCGCUGCAGAAUAUUUUCUCCAAAAAGGUAUUGAGAGACUCACGUAUCCACCACCUCCGGCUGCUGAACAUCUUGGGCUGCCAUGCUGUCUUCUUUAUGAUACCCACGUGGGUCCUGGUGGACCUUUCGGCUUUCCUGGUCAGCAGUGACCUGACCUAUGUGUCUCAGUGGCCCUGGACGCUCCUGCUCCUGGCUGUCAGCGGCUUCUGUAACUUUGCCCAGAACGUCAUUGCCUUCAGCAUCCUCAACCUCAUCAGCCCUCUGAGCUACUCGGUCGCGAAUGCCACCAAGAGGAUCAUGGUCAUCACGGUGUCCCUGAUCCUGCUGCAGAACCCAGUCACCAGCACCAACGUCCUGGGCAUGAUGACGGCCAUCCUGGGGGUCUUCUUGUACAACAAGACCAAGUAUGAUGCCAACCAGCAAGCCCGGAAGCACCUCCUCCCCAUCACAGCCGGGGACCUGCGGGGCAAGGAUCCCCAUCGGAGCCCCCUGGAGAAACCCCACAACGGCCUGCUCUCCUCCCCGCAUGGGGACUAUCAGUAUGGCCGCAACAACAUCUUAACAGACCACUUCCAGUACAGCCGGCAGAGCUAUCCAAACUCAUACAGUUUGAACCGUUAUGAUGUGUAGAGUCCAGAGGGCUCGGCAGGACCUCAGUGUGACACCCUCCCCCACCCCCCAGCAGUACCAGAAACUUGACAACCAGUGAAUGUACAACCCAACCAAGGGCCAGUGCAUAACCGCCUGAGGACCCUGGGGUUCCCAGGCCCUGCAGCGAGGACUGCCGCCCUUGAGCUCCGGUGGGCCGUGCCUGUUCUUCCUGGGGUCUGUCAUCUGGGGCUGUGUCACUGUGGAGAUCUUGGCCAGGUUUUACCUUUUUGUGUGGACUUCUCCGAGUCAUGUAUUCUGAGUUCUUGUUCUGCUUUCCAGAUGACAUUGCCAGACAACUCUGGAAAGGAGGGAUCGCUGUGGACACAGGCCUCAGCGUAGGCAAGAGGGGGUUUCCUGGGGGCCUAGAGGGGACUGUGCAGGCUGGUGCGCAUGAGUGACAGACGAGCUGCCUGACUUGUGCUCAGGCAGGCACAGGCCUGAUGCAGGUGUGGAGCAGAGGAGAUGGGCCGGAGUUCUUCAAAACACCUCCAGCAACAAAGACGGACCCAGUGCCCCAUCAGCCUCAUGGCCAUUUGCACUUAACUGGCAAACGUUCCAAAGUGAAAAGCUAUCACCAUUAGCAUUGAGCUGCUGGGACCUAAUUCUUUGACCUGCAUGGCAGAGGUGGCGUGUGCCCAGAUUCAGAGGGAAGGACAGCUGCCCUCCCCUCUGCCCCUUCCUUCCCUUGCCAGAGCAGGGCAUUUCUCCUCUGCGGGUGGCAGGGAGGUGGUACCUGCAGGCCUGGGAGGAGGAGCAUGAGGAGGUCAUGUGGGCGUCUCCAGCUCUCCUGGGAUACUCGUUCUCUGGUGCAUCGUCACCACUUCUGUGAUGACCCAGUGGGACAUCUGGAGUGGGGCAGGGACUGGAUGAGGAUCUUGCAUUUUUCUACAGAACAUUUUGUAGUCGUGUGUGUGCUGUUAUGCCUUGGUCCCCAGUAGGGGACACGUGAGGACUGCCUGGUGGAUCAAAAACCCUUUUGUUUUCAAACGGUUAAAAACAAGAAAAGCUCCUACUGGCGAUGCCUGUCGUAUCGACUUUAGCACUUGGUAGGAAGCAGUGAAGUGUUUUGAAGCAUCUCUGUAAGGAACUGCAGCCACUGGAAGUGGAUGAGUCCAGAACAUCACAGUAGUGUGUGGAACAGACAAGACCACAGCACUUCGAUGCCAUGAUCUGAUCUUGUGUUUGUCAGGCUCUGAAUCAUGUCCUGAUGGGAGGUGAGGAGGGGCGACUGCCAAGCUCCGAUUUGGUGCACCGAGUCAGGUGCUCUGGUCAAGAUUAAGUUUGCAUUUGGGCACAAUUGCGUUUUCUUGAAGAUUAAGUGAUCCCAGCAGGUAGCCUGAGUGCCAAGGUCCAGGUUGGGGUCUGUGUCGUCUUUCCUGGCAUCACAAGAGGUCACUUGAUGACCACUGAGGGGACUGCUGGCUUGGCUAGUGUCACUGCCUCUGUCAUUGGCUUCGUCUCUACUUACUUUGGCCCAAUGUUUUGAGACAAUUGCUGUGUGAAAUGGGAGGCGGCAAUCCUGAAGGGCGUGAUUGGUGAAAAGAAUUUGCUGAGUGCCUUCACCAGAGACAGUAAGAGUCUGCAGCUCCAUUUUUCACUGGUGAAUACAACAAUUGGGGAUACUUUUUCACUACAAAGAUUAUUACAGUAGUCGUCCUUAUGAUUAUAGUAUCUGAUUUCUUGAACAUAUAAUUGAACUCCAAAAUGAAUUAUGCCUCUCUUGGGUUUAAUGAAAUUCGUUGCUGAAAUUUGUAUAUUGUUUUCCUUUCCUAGCACAAUAUCUGCAGGUGGAGGGAAAUGACCGACUGGUUUUUUUAUGGUUAUAAAUUAAUACAUGGGAUAUUUAAUUCUGUACAUAAAUUUACAGUAUGUACAUACACUGGAAUGAAUGAGACAAUCAUAUCAGACCAAAAUCACCAAAUCAAAAAACAAUGACAUACUUGUGAGGCUUAAAGUUUCGGAGCCGACAUGGACCUCUUUGAAGGCCAGUUUUCCAGCCACUUAAUGGCCUGUCCCCCUCUACCCCUCCUCACUGCUGGGACUUACGGCAGCAAAGUUAGCUCCCAUCCACCAUGUGGUCUGGCCUGCAACACUAACUCCAACCCAACGCCUUCAUUUUACAGAAGGGGAAACUGAGGCUCAGAGGGCAUUCUGAACAGUGUAUGUUCACUGUUUUGAGACUCGGUGUAGAGUUUUUAAGCACCUUAUUUUAAGUCAUUCAUUGUAGGGAACAUAAAUGCCUGUUACAAAGGAGAGAAGCCAAAUAUGUUCAAGUAAAGAAGCUCUUGAGGUUUAUGGAUUUUAUUGUGUAUUUGGCAUACAUCACAUAACAGGCCCUUUUAUUAUUGCCAGGCCAUAACCAGACCCAGAUAUUUUAAGGGAGACAGCUUUAAAAGCAUAGUACACUAGAUUUUAUUAAAAGAUCUGAAAUUGUGAA